UGGAGCCGGGAAGGGGGGGCGGGGGAGCGAUGGUCGCAAGAUGGCGGCGCUGAAGGAGGCUCGGAGCUACGGGCUGUCGUGCGGGCGAGUGAGCGACGGUAGCAAGGUGUCCGUGUUCCACGUGAAGCUCACCGACAGUGCCCUGAGGGCCUUCGAGAACUACCGCGUCUGCCAGGAUUCUGUUUCACUGAGACCCUCAAUCCGAUUUCAAGGAAGUCAAGGGCACAUCUCCAUCCCCCAGCCUGACUGCCCCACGGAGGCACGGACAUUCUCCUUCUACCUCUCCAACAUUGGCCGUGACAGCCCCCAGGGCAGCUUCGACUGUAUCCAGCAGUACGUCUCCAGCCAUGGGGAUGUUCACCUGGACUGCCUGGGCAGCAUCCAGGACAAAAUCACAGUGUGUGCCACUGAUGACUCCUACCAGAAAGCGCGGCAGAGCCUGGCACAGGCUGAGGAGGAGACGCGGAGUCGAGGUGCCAUCGUCAUCAAGCCUGGAGGCCGUUACUUGGGCAAGAAGGUUCAGUUUCGGAAACCGGCACCAGGGGCAGUGGAUGCUGUGCCCUCCCGGAAGCGGGCGACCCCUAUCAACCUGGCGAGUGCCAUCAAGAAGACCAGCGUUGGCAGCAUUAGUGGGGCCAGCGGGGUAUCUCAGAGGCCCUUCCGUGACCGAGUGCUGCACCUCCUGGCACUGAGGCCUUACCGGAAGGCGGAGUUGCUGCUGAGGCUGCAGAAGGAUGGCCUGGUGCAGGCGGACAAGGACGCACUGGAUGGCCUCCUACAACAGGUGGCCAACGUGAAUGCCAAGGAUGGCACGUGGACACUGAAGGACUGUGUGUACAAGGAUGUGCAGAAGGACUGGCCCGGUUACUCGGAGGGGGACCAGCAGUUGCUGAAGCGGAUGCUCAUCCGGAAGCUGUGCCAGCCACAGAGCACAGGUGGCCUCCCUGGAGACCUUGCUGCCAACAGCCCUCCAGGCGACCAUGGGAGCUCAGCCUCACCUCCUCAGAAACGGCCGCAGCCUUCUGAUUUCAUUGACCCUCUGGCCAACAAGAAACCCAGGAUAUCGCACUUCACCCAGAGAGCUCAGCCCACAGUCAAUGGGAAGCUGAGCCUGCCCCACAGCCGCGAGGCCCUGCUGCCCACCCCAGGCCCACUGGCUGGCACGGACCCUCAUCUGCCCUUGCGGCUGGAGCCCCCACGGGCCCAUGACCCCCUGGCUGACGUCAGCAACGACCUGGGCCACAGUGGCCGGGACUGCGAGCAUGGGGAAAUGGCUGCCCCGGCCCCUACUGCACACCUCAGCCUGCCUCUGCUGACGGACUGUGCCCAGCCCAGCAGGCCCCACGGCAGCUCCUUGCAUGGCAAGUCCAAGAAGAAGUCCAAGAAGCACAAAGACAAGGAGAGGGCAGCUGAGGACAGGCACCAGGCCCGGCCGCCAGACCAUACGCCAGGCCCUCUUGAAGCCCCGCCGGUCGCCCCGGGUUUAAAUGGGACUUGCAGCAGCUCAAGUGUCCCCACGUCGACCUCGGAGACGCCUGACUACUUGCUAAAAUACGCCACCAUCUCCUCCUCAGAGCAGCGCCAGAGCUACAAGAAUGACUUCAAUGCCGAGUAUAGCGAGUACCGAGACCUGCAUGCCCGCAUUGAGCAGAUCACACGGCGCUUCACGCAGCUUGAUGCCCAGCUCCGGCAGCUCUCCCAGGGCUCCGAGGAGUACGAGACUACUCGUGGGCAGAUUUUGCAGGAAUAUCGAAAAAUCAAAAAGACCAACACCAACUACAGCCAGGAGAAGCACCGCUGUGAGUACCUGCACAGCAAGCUGGCCCACAUCAAGAGGCUCAUCGCUGAGUAUGACCAGCGGCAGCUGCAGGCCUGGCCUUAGUCUGAAGCCAUGGAGCAGGAGGUCCCACUCGGCCAGCCAGGCCACCUCGCCACCCGCUGACUGUUCUGGAUGAUGGGGGAGCUGGGGGCAAGGGGGAGCUAAAGACAAGGAAAAAAGAGAUUUCUUUUAAAAAAAAUAAACAUGAGGAAGAUGCAUUCAUCUGAGCCAGCAACGCCGGCUUUCAGGGGAGCCCCUGCAGCCCUGGCACCCACAGGUCACACAGGUCUAGGUGGGGUAUCCAGCUCCUCCGGGGCCCCCACCCAGAUGUGUUCCCCAAGAAGCCCGCCUCCUCUCCAGCUGCCCUACAAGGGGCAUCAGCUUCCUGAAAGACUCUGAGGCUGGCCCGCCUGCCUUUUCUAGUUUUAUACAAAGACAGCCACUUUUAGCUACUGCUUAUGAGACUUGAGUCUAUUUUUGUACGAAAGAGAAAGCAUCUUUUUUCUAAACCUAUGCCUCCCUUCCUUGGACACCCAGGGUCUAGACGCUGCCCUGUGUCCUUUCUGCAGUAUUACAGAUGCCCUUGGGAAGUGCAGCAUUGUUUCUGAGAGCUCCCAGGAGAGACUCUGGCGGGGGCGGGGGGGGGGACCCUGCUUCUCCCUCCCUGGCUCUCAGGGGGCUGGUGGGCAAUGCGACCCCGACCCCCUGCAGCUCUAUUUGGAAAGCUCCAGCUGGCCGGGAAGCAGCUGCUGGGAGCCGUUGGCCCGCCCUGCUAUUCCAGGCCCUCAGCUGUUGGGGGUCACUGGGAGUUUCUGUGCUUGUUGCCCGGAUUCUGCAGCAAGAGUGUUGGAUUUUAUUUUACUGUCGUUUUCAUUCUCCCUUUCGCUGCUGCUCUUCAUUUCGCACUGUUGAGACCAAGUGGUCUCCACGCUGUUGACCUCGCUCCACUCCUCAGCCCACUCGUGGGUCCUGGGGCCGUCUUUGCAGAGCCACCAUGGGGUUUGCACUCAGGGAGGGGCUGGGGGUUGAUGGAGCUGGGGGGCCCCAAGAGUGAGCUCAGAAAAGGCGCCUGAUUUUGGGGGCGCUGGCCCAAGGACACCCCAAUUGCUGCUUAGUCACUGUGCCUAGUCUAAUGCCCCCCAGAGCGUCACGGGGGGUACGCGUGUGUUUGUGUGUGUGAGGGGCCCCACCAGGGCAUGGUGGGGUCUAAAGUGUGCGUUCAUGUGAAUCCAGAGCCAUGUUCAGCAAAGCCACGACUGGGGAAGGCAGUGGGAGUGGCUGCGACCCAUAGCCCAGGGGUCAAAGAGGGGGUUGCUGCCACCAGCAGUAGGCAGGGAGAGUGGAAGUGCUCAUGUAGACAUGUCUAUUUUUCUAAGCUGUGGGGGUGUCUCCAAAGAGCAGGCGCACCUGCAUCGUGCCAACCUCACUCCACCCCAAAGUGUGUGUGGAACCCCGGGGUGCCAGAGCACCGAGGAAGCUGACCCUCUAUGUUUCAAUAGCUGUUGUUUUGUUUUUCACUUGGGAUGGAGUAGGGGAAGGGCUGAGUAGUCCCUGGAAUCCCACGUUCUGCAGAUGGCCAUCUCGUACUGGGCCGGACGUGCAGACUCAGGUGAAAGGGGAUCACUCAAGGGGGCCCCACCCUGGAGGGCUGACAUGUCUUCGGCCCUGGGAUCCAGUUCAAGGGACUCUCAGUUGAAUUUCCUCCUUGUUUUGUUUUGUUUUUUUCCUCCUUUUAAGGAAUUUGAAGCUAAGAAAAGUUUUGUGCUUGGUGGGGGGGUUGAUGGACAAAGGUUAUAGCUGAUUAAAUAUGGUCUAACUUAUUGAUACUGUUUUUUUUUUUCCUUUUAAUAUUGUACUGUGGAGAAAAACUAUUUUGAGCCAUGGAGUUGGUGUUUACAAGAACUUUUCACUUUUGCCAAAAUGUUACAAUUGAAAGGCAUCUGCAUCUUCAGUUCCCUGAUAUUUUCUUAAAAGAUCUAGUGUCCUUUUUGUACACUAAACAGGUGAAUGCUGAUUUUUUUUUUUCAACCUACAAUAAAUUUCACUGAACUGAA